AAUUUAUACCAAUGUUAUUAUAAGGAUAUGCUCACAACUCAUAAGAAAUUAAGAAUCUCUAUUAUUAUACGGAGUAAGUACUUUGAGCGAUGUAUUCUUCUACUUUGCUUUCCUCUUCAUAUUUCCUGAUUCUCCAUCGACCCCAGCAGAACAAGGCCGUUCCUAAUCCUCGCGGCCAUGGGUUUCAAUUUCAGUCCCCCAACUCCUCACCCCGCUUCGGAUUUCCCAAGAACGUGUUCUCGAAAUCAACUCUUUCUUUGUCUUCUCCCGCUUUCCUGCCAGGGGAUGAUUUUGAAGUCGAGCUUGGGCGCUUACUGGCGCUAUUUCCGGAAGGGAUGCGCCAGAGAGUUGGGGAGCACCCGGAGCUUCGCCACUUGAUCGAGAUCGUAAUGGAUUUGGGACGUAAGCCCCUCGCCCGGUUCCCCUCUGGUGACUUCUUUUUGUCGGAUCAUCCGAUUACUACACAGGAUCUUGAACAUGCUACUUCUAAGGUUGGUGAUUUUUCCGUUGAUAACAGAGCAGGCAUUAGCAGAACCUUGCACCGCAUUAGUGCAAUUAGAAAUAGAAAAAAUAAGAUUAUUGGCUUGACCUGCCGUGUUGGUAGAGCUUUAUCAGGAAAUGCCAAUUCAUUACAAGAUUUAGUUAAAGUUGGGGAUUCUUUGUUGCUGAUUGGACCUCCCGGAGUAGGUAAAACUACAAUUAUCAGGGAUAUAGCUAGGAUGCUUGCGAACGAUUAUGGGAAACGUGUCAUGAUUGUCGAUACUUCAAACGAAAUUGGUGGGGAUGGAGAUAUACCUCACGGAGGAAUAGGUAAUGCGAGGCGCAUGCAAGUGCCACACUCCAACAUACAACACGAGGUCUUGAUAGAAGCAGUUGAGAAUCAUAUGCCUCAAGUGAUUGUAAUAGAUGAAAUUGGCACUAAGCUAGAGGCCAUGGCAGCUAGUACAAUAGCACAACGUGGUAUUCAGUUAGUUGCAACUGCUCAUGGUGUAACAAUAGAGAAUCUAGUCAUGAACCCAGCUCUUGAAAUGCUUGUCGGAGGCGUACAGAGUGUAACAUUGGGGGAUGAAGAGGCAAGCCGUAGGGGUGUUCAAAAGUCUGUACUGGAGAGGAAAGGGCCUUCGGUUUUCAGCUGUGGAGUCGAGAUAAUUUCCAAGACAGAGUUGCGAGUUCACCGUAACUUAGAAGCUACAGUAGACGCUAUUCUUUCAGGCCGUCAUCCCAGCUAUGAAGUUCGCAAGAUAAAUGAGAUUUCUCAAGAAGUGAGACAAAGGAUGACCAUCCAGGAGUUUACUGACAGUAGAAGUGAAACCGUCAUUGUAGGCAAUGAACAGUUGAACAGUGAUUUAAUUUCCAAAAUGGAUCCAAGCGGGGGAGAGAAUGUUAGUAAAACUGAGGAUGCCCUUCGCUUAUUUCUAUAUGGGAUGAUAUAGAUCUCGGAGGCAAGUGUGGUUCAGGGGAUUAAACAGUUAAAGAUAAAACAGGCCUUUGAGUUUACUGAUAACAUCAGCGAGGCAGAUGCCCUGCUAGUAUUGCACUCGAAGCUAAAAAAAAAUUCUGGAAUUCAAGCUGCUGCAAGAGCUCAAGGUCUUCCUACAUAUAUCUCUAAGACAAGCUCCUUAUCACAGAUAACUAAGGCCAUGCAGGCGUUAGCGGAGGAUUAUGCUGAUGGUUUUUAUUUGCUUGAAUCUGAAGCUAGGGUCAAGGUGUCAGAAAACAUGGAUGCCUUGGAGGAGGCAAGAAUCGCAAUCCAGCAAGUAGUAAUCCCCAAAGGGGAACCCGUGGAGCUACUUCCUCGGCCAUCAAAUAUUCUGCUUCUUCAGAAGGAUCUUAUUUCUAAGUAUAAUCUGAAAUCGGAGAGAAUCGGGACAGAAUCAGAGGCUCACCUCCGCAUAAUUCCUUUUUCUUCACAAGAAAUUGGCGGUAGCGAAUUUGAUAGUUUGAUGCAGCCAGUUACUGACUGUAAUGGAUCACCCUAUACUGUGGAUAUAUUGCCUCUAUUACCAGAGUAGGUAACUGAUUGAUGUAUUUUUUUUGGAAGAACUGAUUGAUGGAUUAUUCCUCAAACAUCCUACAAUCUGAACAACCUGAAAAACUGAUACUCAGUCAUAUAUUUCUAGCUUGAAUAUGUAAAGGCAAUUGAUUUAUUUCAUAAACCCUUGCCCUGGCUGGUUUAUGGAACUGUAUAUUAAA